AUUCCUCCCAAAAGAAGGGCUCUGAAGGAGCAGUAUGGGUACUAUGAGUAUACACAGUAGGGGAUCAGGUCUGAGAUGGGCAGCACCUCAGAGGAGUGAGAUCCAAGGGCAGACAUUAGCUCCUGGAGAGCCAGAAAUACCCAGGCAGUGUACAAAGGUGUCUAGUUGUGAGUGAUCGUGACAGGUGCAAGUUCUCCCUGUAGGGUAGCUUAGUGGUGGGAAAGAGAGGUGCUAGAGCAGCAGCCAUGAAGGUGUUGUCCUGAGAGAUAUGGGAACCAACCCACUGGAAGACUCUGCGUAGGGCUCACCUGCUAUGACUUAUUUGGGGUAAUCACUGGUAUUGUAAGAAGAAUGAGCAGCUGUGGAGAGGCUCCUGAACCCCCAUACAGUCUCUAGCAGGGGUGGCAAUGGCAGACACUGUGCUGAGCUCUGAAAUCUCUCUCUGUUUCUAUGCAGGGGAUUUUGUGCAGCUGCCUGUACCUAUCAUUCAGCAGCUCUACCACUGGGACUGUGGCCUGGCCUGCUCCAGGAUGGUACUGAGGUACCUGGGCCAGCUGGACGAUGGAGAGUUUGAGAGUGCCCUACAAGAGCUACAGCUGACCAGGAGCAUCUGGACCAUUGACCUAGCCUACCUGAUGCGCCACUUUGGUGUGAGGCACCGCUUUUGUACCCAGACUCUGGGUGUUGACAAGGGCUACAAGAACCAGUCCUUCUACAGGAAGCACUUUGACACUGAGGAGACCAGGGUGAACCAGCUGUUUGCACAAGCCAAGGCCUGCAAGGUGCUAGUGGAAAAAUGCACAGUAAGCGUGCAGGACAUCCAAGCGCAUCUGGCGCAGGGCCAUGUGGCCAUUGUGCUGGUGAACUCAGGGGUACUGCAUUGUGACCUGUGCUCCAGUCCCGUCAAGUACUGCUGCUUCGCUCCCAGUGGCCAUCGCUGCUUCUGCCGCACCCCUGACUACCAGGGCCACUUCAUCGUUCUGCGUGGCUACAACAGGGCCACUGGCUGCAUUUUCUACAACAACCCAGCCUAUGCUGAUCCAGGAAUGUGCAGUACCAGCAUCAGUAACUUUGAGGAGGCCAGAACCAGCUAUGGCACAGACGAGGACAUCCUCUUUGUCUACCUGGACAGCUGACAGCAGGAGACUGGUGUACCCAGGCACUUGGAUCCACAACCAACCCUAGCCAGGCCCAGACAGGAUGCCCAGGCUGGGGCUGCUGGGACUGGGAUGCAGACUGUAGCUUUAGUUGUCUGACAAAGCCUUGGGAACUCUGGGAAACUGUGGCACAGCUGGUUUAUCCACCAGUGUUGAGUGUUUUCGUGCUGCUUAUCCCAAGCACCUAGAACAUCUGAAGGGAGCUUCCCCAAGGACUCUAGGCCCAACUCUAACCAUGCUCAGAGGAAAAUUCCAGCCCCACGGGUGCCUCUGUUGGCUUCCAGCCAGAGCCAAGGCAAGGGAAAAGGCAAUCUCACAGACCUUGGUACUGAGCCCUGCGGAGAGAAGUUGGUUGACAUUAUGCCACUUGUCAAGACAGUAUCUGUGUGUUUGAAGAGAGCACAGCCAAACCUAGGCCCCUAGAGCUGGACCAAUCAAAGCCCUGAUUUCCUGAAAGUGCUGCAGAGCACACACACACACACACACACACACACACACGCACACACACCUGUCCCAUGGUGGAUGCUACCACUGCUGCCUCCUGUCUCCAGUGGGCUCAAGUUUCUGUGACUGGUUACAAUGCUUGUUUACCACACAGCAUAGGCAUACCUCACAGCCACUGUGCUCUGUUGCACCUAGGAUGUUGGGGUACUCUCAGCCUUCCAGGUACUCCAGGUUUGUAGGGUGGAGAGCCUUUGGUAAUAGGCUGGGCCCUGGCUCCACUAUUGGCUUGAUGGCAGCAGCAAAGAAAAUGUUCCAGGAAUAAAUAGCUGCCCAGGCACCAGAGAGCCCUCAGCACUCAUGAGACUUCCUGAUGCUAGCCUAACUCCUGACAGUAGGGGCUGUCUUCUGAGUGUGGGGAACCCCAGGUCUCUGGAGGUAGGCGCUAGGGUUUGUAUUCCUGAAGCAAUGAGCAGAGGCAGCCUGUACCCUCCACUCACCCUGAUUUUCACGUCAGGACCUUUUGCACAUAAUGCUGGGUCUCCUGUCUUGGUGGAGAAGAGUGAUGCCAGGGUCAUCCCACAGCAUAGCAAGUAGCAUUGG